GUGAAAUUUUCGAUUUUACAAAACUCCUUUAUAUUUGGAGGUAACGGUUUUAUCACCUCACGAGCCUAAUUAAGUAUUGAGAAUGAGUUUUCGUGGCGGUCGCGGAGGUGGAUCAAGAGGUGGACGUCCUGGAUAUCGUCCUUUUGCCCCUGCUGGUCCUCCUGAUCAAGUUUUAGAGAUUGGAAGUUUUGUGCAUGAUUGUGAGGGAGAUAUGGUUUGUCAAUCUACCAACCCUAAAAUUCCCUACUUCAAUGCUCCUAUUUACUUGGAGAACAAGUCUCAAAUCGGCAAAAUUGACGAGAUUUUGGGUCCCAUGAAUCAAGUUUACUUCACUGUAAAGCCUUCAGAAGGCAUUGUUUCUAGCUCCUUCAAAGUUGGCGAUAAAGUAUUCAUUGGAGGUGAUAAGCUUCUUCCCUUGGAGCGCUUCUUGCCCAAGCCUAAAGGUCCUGCUGCUAAGAGACCUAAGACUGCUGCUGCUGGUCGAGGUGGUUUCCGUGGUGGUGGCCGUGGCGGCUUCCGUGGUGGUGGUCCUCCUCGCGGUGGUUUCCGUGGUGGUGGUCGAGGCGGCUUCCGUGGCGGUGGUCCUCCUCGUGGUGGUUUCCGUGGUCGCGGAAGAUUUUAAAGGGAAAGAUGAAUAAAUCGCCUUUAAAUGGAUUUUAUCGGGUUCUCUUUUAUAUCCUUCCAGUUAGUUGUGAAGGAGAGUUUGGGGCUGGCUUUUUUGGAUAGAAAUUUUGUUUUUUGCAUUGUCCACAUACCUGAAUGAAAGGCUUACAUAGUCAUAUCCUUAUGACUUGAUUUGACUUACUUCAACCGGUACUCGAAGCACUUUUCCACGAAACAGUUAUAUCUGCUUUCUGCUUUCAUUAUUUAUAAAGAGAACUAGUAUAGUUCGUGUUGUAUCCCUUAAAGUUUUAACUCUCUUUCUAUUCUGUGGUACAUUUAAUAUAGGUAAAAAUAAGUUUUGAAUCGUUUUUUACUGAAUAAAGCUAAAUAAUAGUAGCUACCGUA